AGAGUUUCACUUAAACUUUUUGCUUGGCGCCAGGCGCUGCACGAGAAGUGCACUCCAACUCCAUCUCUGCGCGUGCCCAUCUUCUCCGCAUCAAUGGCAGAUCAGUGACGGCAGACGGUCAAAGGCAACGCCCAUCAUGGAUCUUCUCCGUGUUGGCGAGAGUCUUCUCCGCUCUCCGCCCCUCCUACCCUUCCUUGCGCCCUCAUUAUACCGCUCUCGUCUCCCACGAUAUCACAAGACACCCUCGUGUUCCUCACGGCAUCAAAUACCGUCCAGAUCUUUCGCCACUUCACACUCGCACCACAACGAACAGUCUGCACCGUCUGGAGGACGAGAAAAUGAACCUACCCCUCCCUCACGGAGCAAUUCAUCAUUCAAUGCCGAAUUCAGCCGACUUCUUGACAGCGCCAUCAGUGGCUCCAAGAAGCCUUCCACAGCCUCAAACGCCAGACCAUCUAGUCCUUCCACACGCAAUCCGGGUUCUUUUGGCACAGGGCAUGCAGGAAAGGACGCAGGGGCCAUCGACGAGAUCUUGGAGGCCAUGUCGAAUCCCCAGACCUCGUCUCCGCAAAGAUCAUGGGGCAGCAACAACAAGUCGGCACGUUUCGACAUCAGCGCUCUGCUCAAUCCAGGCCCCAGCUCCGGCGCCGCUGCCACCUCGGCUGCUAUAAAUCCCAUACCUGCACCAUCAGUACCCCCGCCCCUACCGAUGAAGCUCAACAGCUCCGUCGGCCGCACCAUCAAGGUCGACCCGGCACGAGGGAUCGAUGUGGCGCGUGCAUUCACGGUGCUGGAAACGCAGUGCAACAGGAACAACGUCAAACGCGAUGCGCAGAAACAGAGAUACCACGAGCGGCCAGGGUUGAAGAGGAAGAGGCUGAAGAGCGAGCGAUGGCGGCGGCGGUUCAAGGAGACAUUCAAGCGGACGGUGACCAUGGUGCAGAGGAUGAAGGGACAGGGAUGGUAGACAGAUACAACCUGAUGGGCACAC